ACUUCAACUCAAACAAGCACCCACAUCUCCACCAUGGAGGCCAAGAUCCCCGACUUCUUGCUCGAGCAGCAAGCACAAGGAAGCCCAGAGACACAACCCUACUUCCUCACCUUUGAAGACUACUGGGAGCGCAAACUAUGGCACCAGCUUACAGACUCAUUGGUCGAGUUCUUCCGCAUGCCAGAGAGUGCUCCGCACCGCUUAGCCCUGUUUAAGACAUUCGUGCUCAGUUUCGCCGACCGGGUCAACCAGCUCAAGUUUGUGUCGCUGGGGUUGAUGGCAGCAACAGAAUGCACAGAUGAUCAAGAACGACUUGCUUUCCUCACAUCCCUCGCUACCAAGACGGAUACGGCCGAUACACAGGAUGCAUAUGUCUACGCGCUCGCUGACGUGGCCAACGUCAAGCUGUCGCUGAAGGAUUUGGACGGAGCACAGACAGACCUGGCCACCUGCCAGCGGGUGCUGGACACGUUCGACUCGGUCGAGACCGUUGUGCACGCCUCAUUCUACAAAGUGAACGCGGACUACUACCACUCUAAGCAAGAAUUCGCCUCCUUCUACAAAAACGCCCUUCUCUACCUCGCCUGCAUUGACCUGGAAGAACUCCCCGAGACCGAGCGCGCAUCGCGUGCCUACAACCUCAGCGUAGCGGCCCUGGUAUCAGAGACGAUCUACAACUUCGGAGAGCUCCUCCUGCACCCGAUUCUGGACUCCCUCACCGAGACCCCACACAACUGGCUCCGCGAGCUUCUCUUCGCCUUCAACCGGGGUGACUUGACUGCCUACGACGUGCUGGCCGGUAACAUCAGCAAGAACAAGCUGUUGGAGUCACACCGGGUAUUCCUGUACCAGAAGAUCUCGCUCUCGGCACUCACGGAGAUGGCUAUCGCUUCCGAGACUAAGGUUCAGCCCGACGAGAUCGAGCAUCUCGUUAUGAAGGCUUUGUCGCUUGGUUUGCUGCGUGGAUCUAUUGAUCAGGUUGCUCAGGUUGCACAGAUCCACUGGGUUCAGCCUAAGGUUCUGGAUAUGAAUCAGAUCGAUGGUAUGCGAAACCGUCUUAAGGAUUGGGAUGCUGGUGUUAAUCAGCUCGGUCACUGGAUCGAGGGAGCUGGUAAAGAUGUUUGGGCUGCAUAG